UUCAUUCCAUUCUUCUCCAGUGGACUGAGACUGGUUUUGAGCCUCAAAAUGUUGUUGAUGAGAAACCUGCCUAUCCCACCAAAUCUCACCUCAAAACCCUUGUUGUUUUGUACCCAUAUUCACCUCCCUGGUCGCUUCCAAAUCAUGAAUUUUAGUCCAAAAUCAGAACCCAAUUUGGUUUCCACACCAAAGACCUUUCAGGUUCCAGGACUACAUUCCGAUGAAAUUGAUCGAGUGGCGGAUGAAACGUUCCACAGAUACUCUUCGUCAAAGAUCCGAAGAAAUGGUGUUGGGGUUGCCAUUGUUUGGUUCAGAAAUGAUUUGAGGGUUUCGGACAAUAAGGCCCUGUAUCAGGCUUGGAUUUCAUCUGAGGCUGUGUUGCCUGUCUACUGCAUUGAUCCUCGGCUUUUUGGCACAACCCAUUACUUCAAAUUCCCUAAAACUGGAGCGUUGCGAGCAAAUUUUCUGAUCGACUGUUUGGCCGACUUGAAAAAGAAUCUGAUGAAAAUGGGUUUGAACUUGAUCAUACAACAUGGGAAACCCGAGGAAAUUCUCCCUACAAUCACAAAAGCUUUUGAAGUGCACACAGUCUAUGCCCAGAAAGAAACAUGUAGUGAGGAGGUCAAUGUAGAGAAACUUGUUAGUGAUGCUCUGAGGAUGGUGGUGAAAACACAAGGGGGAUCCUCUGAUAAAAAACCUGCAAAUUCAAGGCUACAACUUAUUUGGGGGAGUACUAUGUACCAUAUUGAUGACCUCCCUUCUAAUCCAGGCAGUUUGCCAGAUGUCUACACUCAGUUCCGUAAGUCUGUUGAAUCCAAGUGCACAGUACGGAGUUGCUUUAAGCUUCCAGUUUCUCUUGGGCCACUUCCUAGCAGAAGCUUGGAUGAUUUGGAGGGAUGGGGAUGUGUUCCCUCCCUUAACCAGCUUGGACUAUGCCAGGAAAAGGGUGAUAAGGGAAUGAGGCUUGUGGGCGGUGAAAGUGCAGCAUUGGGCAGGGUGCAUGAGUACUUCUGGAAGAAGGCAAGGACACUUCUCUGUGCUUUUCUGGUUAUCUUCCCCCUUUUAAUUAUGUUAGAGAAUACAAGCAGCGUGAACCAAGAUUUUAAAAAUUAAGACAACAAGAAGGAA